AUGUAUGCUAUCUCCCACCCUCCGUUAGCCCUAUCCAAACUAACAAUAUCACCUUCCGUGGGGCUCGCAGUCAUGCAGCCCGCCCUUGCCAUGCCAGUGGCGACCGGUACAAGCGGAGGUUUUCCCCCUAAACAUCUUCAAAUCGAAUGUGUUUCUGGUGAAUGUUCUCCUGAGGACCUUGCCGCGCUCCGUUCGGCGGCCCAGAUGGUCAAGGAUGAUCCUUCUGGAAAGGGCUGGAAAAUCUCCUCCAAAAUCGAGCCCCUCGCUCCUGGCCAUAAUCACCGUAGCCUCCACAAGGUCCGUCGUGACGACGGCAUCUCUGAGGCGGAAGUCAACAACAUUCUUAACGGAAUCGAACAUGCUGACCCCAACAUGGUUGCCAGCUGUGCUGCUGGUACCUGCUCUGAGGCAGACAUUAAACAGCUGGAGCAAGAACUCAACAUUGCUACUAUCCCGAACUGGCUCUGGCCCAUCAUUGGACGCAUUAGAAGACUCAAGUUUACCUACGGAAUCGAAUUCGAGAACGGAGCGGCUCCGGCUCCCCCGGCUCCAUCUCCCCCAGCACCACCACCAGCCCCAAAGCCUACGAAGGCGCCGGAACCAACCAAGAAGCCAGAGCCAACCAAGAAGCCUGAGCCAACCAAGAAGCAGGAGCACAUGCCUUGGUAA